AUGGCUGCGCGCAUCGUUCCUGCCUCGGUGGCGCAUCGCCCGGCGCGUGCUGCUGCCGGCGACCUGGAGGCGAGCGCUGAGGAGGAAGCAGGGGGGGUCGCGGGCGUGGAGCGAUUGUCGCCGCGGCGUUUUCUGGCUUUUCUCGCUGUGUGCAUUGUCGUUGCGCUGACGCUUCACGUGAUGGUGCUAUCUGCGCUGGUGAACCGCGUGUUGGGAACUUCGCCGCUUCCAGAGAUAUCCGUCUUCCACGCGGCGCACGAGCUCGACGAGGCACUGGGGCUGGCGCCGGCCUCCUCGCUCCAUUCUCUCUUCGCUCACUCGGCAUCCGCGGGGAGUUGGAGGUCCCGACAGGGGAAGGAGGGCGACGACGUCGAGGGCGAAGAAGCGGUCGGGGACAUGGCGGGCGUGCUGCCCGCGCGCAUUCCGUCCCUCCGCGAGGUAGCCGAGAUGCUGUUUCCGCCGCUCUCCACGCAGACGUUCGCGUUUCUUUCCUCGCCGCGCCUCCUCUUUCUGCUUACUUCCUCCGAGCGCGAAAUGACAAGCGCCUUCGAGGCCGCCCAGAGAGAGACUGAGGGAGAAGCUGAAGGCGGGGCGGAAGAGGCCGUCGGGCCUGCCAGCGGCGGCACAGGGAUGCGAACCCAAGCAGAGGGCGAUGCCGCUGACUCGCCAUUCCGAUGCAUUUCCCUGCUGCCGGUCUCGCAGACCUCCCCUGAGGUUUCGCUCUCUGCGCCUGUGGCGCCGCCGUCGCUUUCUCCCUCCGCUGCCGCGGCUCCAAUGAUGAAACGGGACCCGCGUUGGCCGUACAGGCAUCCGCAGUACUUGCCGGAGGACCUGACGAGGGCGCCUGGGGCUGAAGCCGUCUCUUCGCAUCUGCUGGCGUCGCCCUUCUUUGCAAAUACCUUUCUUCAAAGGAAAGCCACGCGCGACGAGCGCGAGAAUGGUGACGUCCGGGGCCGCUCGCUGCGCCUCUACAUGCAGCAGCUGCGCGAUGCACGUCUCGCAGCUCUUGAGAAGAUUAAAGCGCCCUGGCUGCUCGAGCGCGCGACCGGCGACCCCAUGGGAUUCGUGUCUGUGCGGCUGUCCAGCUGGCGCAGGUCGCUGCAGACAGGCGCCGUCAUUCCCCUGGCUGGGGUGUAUAUACACCCCGCGAGCCCGAAGCCCCCGACCCCGGAGAGACCCGCUCUCCCCGGGGACCCAAGCAGAGCCCCGAAUGCAGGAGCUGCCGAGGAGCUCGAUGGCAAAAAGGAGGCCAGAGAGACAAAGGCCUCGGCGGAUCCUGGCGCAGAAGAGUGGAAUGGGGACGCCUUACCCCGAGCCCUCUUAAAGGAGCAGCUCUGCUCGACGUAUGACCCGCAUUACGGCGUGAGGGUUCUCGGCCUCCUGUCCGCCUUCGCCGACCCUGUGGCGCUCGAAGCGACCGAAUCUGCGCCUGCAGAGUCAGCCAGGGAGAUCGCCGAGAAACCCCCAGACCGCUCCGGCGGAGAGGCGUCGCCUCUGCAGGCGAAGCUCCGCAGUGCCUGGGGGGAGAAUGCCGCGACGCCUUGCUCGCCGUCGCUUUCGCUUUACAGUGGUUGUUCCCGGCUGAAGGUCUACCCGUUCUCGCUCGCGCAUCUCCACGGGCCCCCCGGCGCUGCGGAGGACGGCGGGCGGCUUGCGUCGCCGUCUUCCCCCUUCGAUCCGCCGGCGCUCGCCUCCGAACCUGACGGGACUCCGUCCGAUUCGGCUUCGCAGACGGAGGAGGCGGAGGAGACGAGGCGCCCAGACGCGGCGGCGGAGACGCAGACGCGAGAGGCGGGGCGGGGCCUGGUGUACCACGCGUUCUGGGGAAGCUCGAACGCGCUGCCUGGUCGCGCGUUGUGGACGCUGGAUAGCUUGUUCGCCGCCAUGCCUCGAGUGACGGUUCGCCUCCACGUUCUCUUGCCGGCGCCCGCGAAAGAGAUAAAGGCGCUGAGGGUGGCGCUCAAAAGCUUUCAGGGAGCCGCGGGCGAGGCGGAGGCGGAGACGCAGGCCGCGGCGGCCAGCCACCGGGAGGGCGCAGAGGAGGGCUCCGGGCCUGCAGAUGAGGCGCCUCGGAAACGGGAGUGGAUUGGGUUGGUGCGGCACUGGCUGCGGCGAAAGCGAGAAGAAAGCAAAGAACAAGAAUCCCGGCGAGCGCGCGCACUCCACCUCUCGCAGCUGCAGCUCUUCUGGCGACAGGGCUUCGAUCUUCAGUACAUUCAACACAUCGACCUCCGCGCCUACUUCCAAGACACGCCUCUGGCUCGCCACGACCUUGAAAAGCUGGAGCUGAACAUGUGGGCGACGGUGAGCGAGUAUUUCGGUUUUUUCCGUCGCGCGAGAGCCUCUGCGCUGAUUGAUCUGCUCAAAACUGCCGCGCUCUUCAAAGAAGGCGGCACGCUGAUUGAUCUGGAUGUAGUUUCCCUACAGCAAGCGUCGCAUCUUCCCUCGCAGGUGUUUUUCUGUGAGAAUUCGCCAGCGCAGCAGACAGCGGCAGCGGCGGCGGGCACCGAGGCGCAGGCGGCGCCGCAAGGCACAGCGGAGGAGGGUCACGCAGACCUCCCGUUCUGCAGCGUUAGCGACGCGUUUGUCAAAUCUGUGAACCCAAGAAGCUCGUUUUUGAAGAGAGUACUGGAGCGACAGAGUGAGCUGUUGGACCGCUGGGGGACAGACGAGGCGUUGAGACUUGCGUUCGGCGGUCUCGGGCCGCGCGUCUUCAGCAGAGUGUUCAGAGAGGAAUUCUACGGCGACGCUAGAGAGGGCGUGCGGGAGAAGGUGCGAUUUUCUCAGUUUGCGCCGCCGCCUUCGUUUUGGCCUCGUUGUGCAUCUCGGCGGCGCCCUAGGGAAGAACGGACUGGAGAAGAGGACGGACGGUCACCCGAGGACAGCGAACGCCCUCCAAGCGGCGGCCUGGCAACUCAUGAGGAGCCUGCAGACGACAAAACGAGCGCAGGAAGGAAUGACACUCCAGAUCGCGAACCGAGCCAAUGCACCACGAGUGAAGAGCGCAUUUGGGUCUACGGCCCGUCGUCGUUUGCGCCCUUGUCGGGCGGGCGAGCGGGAGUGUCGCCGAGUGCACACGAUGCCGCUUUUUGGGUAAAUGAGAAACUUGACGAGGGAGCUGCACUCUUCAACCAAGUCGUUCGAGACAGCAACGUCAUGGCGUGGGUAACCCACACCAAGGCCAUCGCAGAGACGCGCGGAGACUUGGGCGAUCUCUUGAGGGAAAACCCCCAUUCAUUCAUGGGCAUGAUGCAGGCUACGUACUGCCGUCUCUACUGCGGCCCCGAAAUGCUGCAUUUGUUCGCUGGAAAGGCGAUACAGCAGGGGGUUUUGGAAGGAUUAUUGUCAAAGCUGGUGACGUUCGUUCUGUGGUUGAGAGGAAGCCAACCCGUCGGCGGUGACACCUAG